CAGCAACGACUGCGAACAACAACAAAGACGAGCAACAUGAGCCGGAAUGACGACGACGAGGCCCGCACUGGAGGGCGUGCUGCUCUCGGUGAUGGUGAUGGCGGUGGUCCUAGCCCUUGGGUGGUGGCACUGCACGUGCAGGUGGCAGCAGCGGGUGCAGGGGACAGUGCUGUGAGCUGGGGUGCAGACGCGUUGUUUGCUGCGGUGUUUGCGGCCUGCGCCCCUCGUGGGGGCGUCAAGGUGACGACUUGCGCCACGUCGCAGUGUCCACUGGCCAUGCAGCUGCUCAGACAGCUGGGCAUGGAGCUGAACCUCUCUGCACAGCAGUGCCGCGAUGCCCUCCACCUGCACAACUUUGCGUUGGAGAGCGAUGCACGCGGCCCUGACGCUGCCACAGGCGAUCAGCCAGCACAGAAGCGCAGCAAAACCGGUGAUCAGGAGCAGCACAGUGGCACCACCAACAACAACAACAACUGCAGUAGCGACAACAGCAACAGCAGUAGCAGUGGCGGGAUGCAAGGCCUCAGUGCACAAGGAAACACGCCGCGCCAUCGGUUCUUCGCGCUGGCCACGCCAGAUCAGCUCGCAUCUACAGUGCGCUCGCUUGACAAGGAGGCAGCUGAAGGUGGGGCUGUCCAACGCGCGCUUCUCGGCAUCCCAUCACCCGCAACACCAGCAACAUCCGCGCAGGAACAGCAGCACGUGCACUUGUUCGAGUGGAGCAGCAAAGGGGCGACGGACCCCAAGGGCACCCAUACAGCCCUGCACACAGAGACAGCGCCAUCGGCAGCAGUGCCAGCCGGCAUCGACGUUCCGCCGGGCCUGGCGUUUGUUGGCUCACUGCCACUUGGCCAUGCCCCCAGCACAGGGGUUGAUGCACGUGUUGCCGUCUCUAACCUAAGGCACGUGCUGACGGCUCGCAACACAAAGGCGGCCACCGCUUGGAACACCAUUGCGCGCGCGUUGGAGGCACUGGCGUGCGGCGCCCCGAUUCGGCUGCACCUGGCGGCACCAACAGCUGCCGUGCUGGGCCACGUGGAGACACAACUUGACAAGCUCGUUGCCUACACGCGCCGCUUCUCUGUCACUGGCAAGACGACCGCGUCCACCGGCGGCAAGAAGCAAGACAUCCUGGCGGUGAUCAGCCAGCAGCGCCUCAGGGAUGUUGCCACGAGCAAAGAAGAGGUGUCCUUGGAAGAGAUGAAACGCCGCGCAGCGUCGCAGCCGCCUCCCAUCGACUUUGCUGCCCGCUUGCGCGCGUGUCAGCCCAUGGCGGUGAUGGCGGAGGUGAAGCGGGCAUCCCCAAGUCGCGGGGACAUUGCGCCAGAUAUGAAGGCCGACGAGCAAGCGCGCCGGUAUGCACGUGGUGGGGCUGCUGCCAUAUCCGUGCUGACGGAGCCCACGUGGUUCAAAGGCACGCUGGACGAUCUGCGCGCUGCACGUAAUGUGUUUCAUGACGACGGCGACAGACCCGCUUUCCUUCGCAAGGACUUUCUCCUCGACGAAUACCAGGUGUACGAGGCACGCGCAUACGGGGCAGACACGUGCCUCCUGAUUGUGGCAAUCCUGUCAGACGCACAGCUGUCAUCACUCAUGGCCACGUGCCGCAGUCUUGGCAUGGAGCCCCUGGUUGAGGUGGCCACCCCAGGCGAGAUGGCCCGCGCUGUCGCUGCAGGCGCUGCUGUCAUUGGCAUCAACAACCGCAACCUGAAAGAUUUUUCCGUCGACACCAACACCACCGCCACCGUGAUUUCGAGCGUGCAGGGUGGCCUGCGUGCAUCCACGAUUGUGUGUGCCCUCAGUGGCAUUAACACGCGCCUGGAUGUCCAGCGGUACCGGGCAGCAGGAUGCAAGGCGGUGCUGGUCGGUGAAUCGCUCAUGCGCGCGCCCGAUCCUGCCGUGAAGAUUGCGCAAUUGCGCGGGUUGGAGCCUGCACUUGCACCCCCACCCACACCUGCUUCCACGACGGCUGUGCCCUCGACCACGCCCCUUGGUGUCCUCGUGAAGAUCUGCGGCGUCAAGACGCCUGCAAUGGCGAUGCACGCGAUCACGUGCGGUGCGGACAUGGUUGGCCUCGUGUUUGCAGAGGGGUCCACACGGAAGGUGACGGUGGAGCAAGCGAGCGCUAUUGCUGCUGCCGUUCGCAAGUUGGCGGAUCUUCCACCAGCACUCACACCCGGCAUCCGCAGCCGUGUCCGCGCUGCUGACGAAGACGUGUUUGCCAACUAUGCGCGUGCGGCCUCGCGAUUGCGUAUGCUGGCGGCGUACCGGCCGCUUGUUGUUGGUGUAUUCGCCAACCAAGAUGCAGCCGCUGUUGCCGACAUUGCACGCGCUGUACCACUUGACGUCAUCCAGCUGUCUGGCACCGAAGGGAUUGACGCUGCGCGGGCGUUUGAUUCCACCUCCAUUGUCAUCAAGGCCACGCACAUCGCCCCAACCACCACUGCUGCUGACGUGGCACAGCAUGUACGCGCGGUUGAGCCUGGCGUGCAGCCUGACGCAAUCCUCCUCGACACCAAGAGCAAAGGCGCCCUUGGCGGCACGGGCAUUGCGUUUGACCACGCGCUCGCCGCGUCGUUGGUGCGGGAGCACGGGCUGCCGCUGAUGCUGGCUGGCGGGCUGACUGUGGACAACAUUGGGGAGAAGGUGGCGGCGGUGCGCCCGUUUGCAGUGGAUGUUUCGUCCGGUGUUGAAACGGAUGGACGCAAGGACAGGGACAAGAUUGAGACGUUUAUUCGCGCUGCUAAACUGGCCUAGUGUGCGUUGUAUUCGUGUGUUGUGUGUGUGUGUGUGUGUUCGUGUGUUGUGUGUGCGUGUGUGUUUGUGUGUUCGUGUGCGUGUGUGUUGUGUUCGUGUAACAGAGGCAGAGAGACAGUGCACAUGUGUGCAUGUGUGUGUGUGCAUGUGUGUUCUUGGCCUAGGCUAAACCCAUCGGUAAGAGCAGCAACUAGUCGAACAAGGGAUUAAAAGUCGAAUACCGUCAAAUAAAAUACGACAUUGAAUCAGGUGUCAGAAUGAACCUCUGGGCACG